AUGUCCGACGAGACGCUCCCGAGUAUCGCCGAGAUCGAAGCAUCAACCGUUCUUCUCAGCGACCCCUGCAGAUCCGUAAAGGUCGUCCGAGUAAGAGAACGUUUCGCGGUCAAAGUGGGCGCCUCCAUCGCGCCGCUUGAAGCAGAGAACAUGAAGUUUGUCGCAUCUAAUAGCAAGGUCCGUGUCCCCAAAGUCCACGAUGAUUUCGUCGAUCCGGAGACCGGGAAACGAUACAUCAUCAUGGAUUACGUCCCCGGGACCGAUUUGGAAAAGUUAGCGCCGUCCCUGUCGGAAGAUCAGAAGAAGACAGUCAGCAAACGCGUCAGAGAGGCCCUUGAUGAACUGCGACGUAUCCCUUCCCCAGGGUAUUUUGGGAACCUGAACCACACGCCUUACUACGAAGGAAUUCUCUCCACCCUUGAUCGCGACCCGAGUAUAUCUGGUCCCUUCGAAAAUGAGGAGCAAUUUAACCAAGGCAUCCUAAAAUCCCUAGGGCAAAGGGAGUCGCCGCAUUACGUCCGCCUGCUUGGGGAAGCAAUCCAGCGUACACUAAGGGGACACAAAAUUGUCUUCACUCACGCAGAUCUCCAGCCAAAGAACGUGAUGGUUGAACAGAUUGGAAUGUGCGAAGACGGAAGCCCGGAUUAUCAGAUAACACUAAUUGACUGGAGUCUGGCCGGCUGGUAUCCUGAAUACUGGGACUAUUGCAAUUCGACUGUCUACUGCCAGGGAAAACCCGAGUGGCUUGAGCUAGUCCCGGAUAUCUUCAACGAGUAUUCAGUGGAAUACCUCAUGAUGCGAACCUACUACACAUCAAUGUUUUACUAA